GUGAUUUCAAUUUAUUACGUUGUGCUAGGUUUAUUCUACAUAAAGCACUGAUGUUGUAGUAGCAAGUAUUAGAACCCAUCUCUGCUCUUCCUUCAAGGAUCAAUGCUCUCCAGAACUUAUAGUGCCGGGACACCUAUCCCAGAGUUAACCAACAGUCAAGUCCAGGACAUCCUCCAAUGUCUGGAUCGAACAUUGAACGGAGCGGUCCUCUGGGCGUCAUUACAUGGAUUUUACACUGGAGUAGUGGGCAUAACGAUGUGGAUCCUUGGUUCAUGCAUUACUCCUUACCAAUGAUGUACCAUUCUGACAAGUUGCAAUCCUGUGUAGUUUCAGGCAAAAACCGCCAAAAUUCUCGGGGGCCACAUUUCUUCAUCAUCACUGUUCUCCUUCUGUAUGCCAUGGCGACUUUUUCCCUUUUCUAUGACUGGAUGAGUGUUAGUCGAAGUUUCAUCACCCAUGGACAAAACUUCUGGACGACAUACGAGGCUUCAGUGUAUGGAUCUAUGCCAAUGGACUUAACGGAGAAUAUCAAUGCCGCUCUGAGCACUCUCCUGGCAGAUACCACUUUGAUUUGGCGUUGUUGGAAUGUUUGGGGACGGUCUUGGCGCGCUGUAUUCAUUCCGAUUAUAUGUACUACUAUGGCAGUCAUUAGUAGAGGAAUUAUACUCCACGAUAAUGUUUUCGGCAACAUACAGCAUCUAUCCGACCUUUUCACUCUAAAUUCUGUCAGCUGGGCUGUGCUAUAUUCCUCGCUCAUCAUGGCCACCCUACUAUGGUGCACCAUCUUGAUUAUAUAUCGCAUCCUCAAAGUUAGUGGCGUUGCCGAAGGACUUCGCUCAUAUCGCAGAGUAAUAGGGGUCAUAGCAGACUCGGCCUUUCUUUACUCGGCUUGCCUAGUGGUCCUGUUGGUGUUUGAAGUUCGUAAUAACGCCAGAGUCGGAAGCUAUUUGAUUCUCGUAACCAGCGAGAUGAAGGGAAUUGUGCCUACAAUUUUGUUCGGCCGUAUCACCGCUGGGCAUACACGCCUAGAUAAUUCCUGGAGCGAGGAAAGCAUUGUGUCGUCGCUUCAGUUUGGAGAUCAGUCGAUCGACCAAGACAGUACCGAAAUGAGUGCUGAAAGCGGCUCCUCUUUUCACCUAAGAUUAGACCUGGAGGAGGGCCUAGAGUCAGACGAUGACAAACGAAGCGGAGAUGGGACGGCAGAUUUUCCGUAAUUAUGGCCUGUUGCUAUUAUCUACAUUCGACACAGUCGUUGAACAACAGGUUAUUUCUUUCGGGCGAGAAUAAUAUGAAGAUGCGAGUGUACAAGUUUACACGAAAUCCAUAGCGAUCCGGGGGUUGUAUCGCUAAAAGAGCAUUUUGUCACGAUGGAAGUAUCAUCUGGAUGGUUUCAGAUGUGCAAUUUAUGCCGCAUAAAUUGCGCAAAGAACUAAGUAGUCCAAAUCAGUUUGGGC